UCGGUCAAUCUUUACAUAAACAAAUUAAAAACCUUAUCUGUGAGAGAGAGAGAGAGAGAGAGAGAGAGAGAGAGAGAGAGAGUGUUGUAAUGGUGGUGGUCAUGGUGAUUCCUGUGUUUACAUUUAAAAACCUUCCAUAGGGUUUUCUCUCCUCUUCUUCCUCAUCAAGCACUCCCCUCUCUCUCCUUUCUUUCUCUUUCUCUUUCUUUAUAUAUAUAUAUAUAUAUCUGUUGUAUCUGAUUUGUGGGUGCUGCUAGAGAUGGAGUUAGCUUUGAGCUUGGGUGAUACCUCGAGGCCACCAUUUCCGUUUCUUGAUAAGACUAAUAAGAUCUCCGCUGGUGGCGAUCUAGGUUUUUGCAUGGGAUUAGGGACCGGUUUUAGUCCUGGAAGAUCACAGGAGAAUGGAGAGGCGGAAAAAACUGGAAGAAACGGAGACGAUUGUCGGAGAUCGAGGUUCCCAGCAGAUCCACCUUUACAACUUGAUCUGCUUCCUUUCUCUCCACUUCCUCGCUCCCAGCAACCUCCUUCUCAGCUUCGUCUUCCUUGGCUCACUCAUAACUUGAGGAGCGAGCCAGAUGGAGCGGGACAUGGGUUAGAUGUGAAUCGGGUACCGGCGGCGACAGAGGAGACGGAGGAGGGGAUAACACUGUCAUCGUCUCCGAACAGUACGGUGUCGUCUUUCCAGAUGGAAUUUGGGAUCGGAGGGAGAAGCAAAAGAGAGACGGCGGAGAUAGAACCAGAGAGAGCGAGUUCAAGAGCGAGUGACGACGACGAAAACGGGUCAACUCGGAAGAAACUCAGACUCUCCAAACAACAAUCCGCUUUUCUCGAAGAAAGCUUCAAAGAACACAACACCCUCAAUCCUAAGCAAAAGCUUGCAUUAGCGAGACAGUUGAGUCUUCGUCCUCGUCAAGUCGAAGUCUGGUUUCAGAACAGACGAGCCAGGACAAAACUGAAGCAGACGGAGGUGGAUUGUGAGUAUUUAAAGAGAUGCUGCGAGACAUUGACAGAAGAAAACAGGAGGUUGCAGAAGGAACUGCAAGAACUAAGAGCUUUGAAAACUUCUCAACCUUUCUACAUGCAGCUUCCUGCCACAACUCUCACCAUGUGCCCUUCUUGUGAGCGCGUUUCUCCCACUCUCCCGUCCUCCGGCGCCGGCUCCGGUUCCAGCUCCGCCAACCCACAAUACCCUUUUCCCCUAAAACCACACAAGGGACCCCAACCAGCUGCUUCGUGAAAAUUCCCAUGGUCAAACUCACUCGAGACCUCAUCGGAAAAUAGUCAAAUACAUUUUCUUUACCUUUUCUUUUUAUCUUCCUUGUAAAUAUAUAUAUAUUUUUUGUUUGGGUUUUUCUUUUUCUUCUUUAUUUUUGACUCUCCGGUUAGUAAAAUCUUGUGAAAUGGGAAAUUAGGGGUAGUGGAAGAAUUUUCUGUUUGACGGGAAGGAAAA